GCACCACUGGCACUGCGUCGAUCAUGGCGUCGAUCGUCGAUGGAUGGGAAAGAUCAGUAGCCUGAGUAGGAAAGCCGAAAAGGAUGAAGGAGAAAUGGCAGGUCUUCCUCUGUAUUGGUAUACAUCUGGUGUUGUUUUCCUCGAUAUUUGACAUCUACUUCACCACACCUCUUGUACAUGGCAUGACUCCAUAUCAACUGCCAGUAUCUCCACCUGCAAAACGGCUAGUCUUGUUUGUGGCAGAUGGACUGCGGGCAGACUCGCUAUUUGGUGGGCAUGCUAAAAGCGAAACGGCAAAAUAUUUGAGGAAAAUCGUGGAAGACAGGGGUCCAUGGGGUGUGUCCCAUACACAUGUGCCUACAGAAUCUCGGCCUGGCCAUGUUGCUAUCAUUGCUGGUAUUUAUGAAGAUGUUAGUGCUGUAACAAAGGGAUGGAAAGAGAACCCAGUGCCAUUUGACACCUUAUUCAAUGAAAGCCGAUACACCUGGGCUUGGGGAAGCCCAGACAUUCUGCCAAUGUUUUCCAAAGGUGCAACAGGUGACCAUGUUUUCACUGAUAUGUAUGAGCCAGACAUGGAAGACUUCGCUUCCAAGGAUGCAUCCGUGCUUGAUACCUGGGUAUUUGAAAAAGUGAAGGAACAUUUACAGUCAGCAGGAAAUAAUGAAACGCUAGCAGAUAUGCUGUCCAAGGACAAGAUUGUUCUAUUCCUCCACCUACUUGGACUAGAUACCCAGGGGCACUCUCACAGACCCAUGUCUAGGGAAUACAUGGAGAACAUAGACCUUGUUGACAAGGGAGUGGAAACUGUUGUCAAUGAAAUUGAGGAGUACUUUCAACAUGACCAGAAAACUGCUUAUAUUUUUACCUCUGAUCAUGGCAUGACUAAUUGGGGGUCACAUGGUGCAGGCCACCCACACGAGACGCUGACUCCGUUAGUUGCUUGGGGAGCAGGUUUACGUGCAGCAGAGAAAACCACAGUAACAGCCCCCCAGGAUGAUUAUAGCAGUGAAUGGGGAUUGGCCUCUGUGCGACGUACCGACGUGAAUCAGGCUGACAUCAACCCACUCAUGUCCUCACUGAUUGGUGUUCCCUUCAGCAUGAACUCUGUUGGUCUUCUGCCACUGGACUAUCUAGAAGAAUCGGAUUCUUUCAAAGCACACGCUUUGUUUACCAACGCGUUGCAGGUUACAGAACAGCUCAUGGUUAAAGAGAAGCAAAAGCUAGAUAUGACAUUUUCUGUGAUGGCAAGACCAUUUCCUCUACUUCCUGCUUCUGAACAAAGCUCAAGAAAAGAUAAUGUGAAAAAUCUGCUGAUGGAGAAGGAGUAUGAGGGAGCCAUAAAUGCCGGCAGAGAGCUGAUUAAUUUGGCAUUGUCUGGACUGGACUAUUAUCAGACCUAUGAUUGGCUGUUACUCAACAUCAGUGUUGUGAUGAGUUUCCUUGGCUGGGUUGCCUGCAUCGUGAUAGAAAUACUGCAACAUCACACAGACAUCGUGCCACAGAGAAAUGCACAUGACCACGAUGGGGAAGGCUUGCUGUAUAUACUGCGAGAAAACGUUCGCUUGUUACUGCUGCUUGCUGCUGUUUCAGUCUUUCUGGCUGACAGAUCUAGCCCACCUAUGUACUACGUGUACUGCUUUCUGCCAUUCAUCCUUUGGUCACAUGUGCUGAGUCAGCGGUUGGUAUUUGGUGAUGCUUUGAAGUACCUCAUGCUAAAUCAACAACUGAUGGCAGCUGUGAUGGCUGUGUGUUUAGGAAUCAUUGCUGUACAGAUGUUGGUACUGUCUUUUUUUUACAGAGAGGUAUUAUCUAUAGGAUUAGUAUUUAUUGGAGUCUGGCCUCUUAAAACAAUAUUGAGGGAAACUGACAAGGCUAUAGUGUAUACCUGGUUAGCAUUGUGUUUGCUUGUUGCUGUAUUCCCUCUACUGCCAGUGGUAGGACGGGAGGCCAACUAUUAUUAUGUUUAUCUUACGGCUGCCAUUACUAUUGGCAUCGCUGGAUUCUUCCUAUAUAGGUUAAAAUCUACAUGGGUCACUGAUGGCCAGCACACACAAACGAAGUUUGUCUGCAUCAUUCAGAUUGCCUUUGUGUGCACGUCAGCACUGGUCGUCUUUACAACUGUGUCUAGUCUGGGGAGGAAGCAGGGUCUUCCACUGAUCAGCAGAAUUCUAAGUUGGACACUGUUAGGACUGUCCCUGGUGCUGCCAUUAUUCAGCUCUACAUUUUUGCUAUCAAGGCUACUGACAAUUAGCCUCUCUCUAGUCAGUGUUUACAUUCUCAUGAGUACCAGCUACGAGGCACUCUUUUGCUUGUCACUGUGCUGUCUGCUAUGUUGUUGGCUGCACAUCGAACACAGGGUUGCACAAAAGCAAGGUGCACCGUUGUCUAGUGCAGACUUUAAGCCAAGCCACCGUUACACCAUGGAGAGUAUGACCAGGUUUCUCUCAUUUUCUGAUCUCAGAUCAGCAUACUUCUACAUCUUCUUCAUCAUGCUAUCGUUUUUCGGCACAGGCAACAUCGCGAGCAUUAAUAGCUUUGAUCCAGCUUCAGUGUACUGCUUUCUGACAGUAUUCAGUCCUUUUACAAUGGGAGCUCUAAUUGUACUUAAGGUGUUGAUCCCAUUCAUUCUUGUGAGCUGUGCAUUCCACGCAGUGAAUGUUACCGUUCAGGUGCCAACAAGGAGUUUGUUCCUCCUGGUGUUGCUCAUGUCAGACGUGAUGGGCCUGCACUUUUUCUUUCUCGUGAGGAACACUGGCAGCUGGCUUGAUAUUGGCACAAGCAUCAGCCAUUAUGUGAUAGCAAUGACGACAAACAUAUUCAUCCCGAUUCUGUACGGCUUGUCCAUGCUGUUUACGACAUGGAGCAUCCCCGUGACCUUCAGCUCAAAAGCACACGUCACGUGAGACCAAGAAACGUACUGCUAUACAUGCAAACCUAGUCGCUUGUUGCCUGCUGCAGUAAACAUUAUAAUGCCAAUUAGGAACACCAGAUUAGAUCUGGAUGGAGAUUUAUUUUUCUUCUGAUGCAUUUCCUGUGUCAUUGCGAGUUGGUUUUAUUGCUGGCGGCUUGACUGUGGCUCGAACAUGGCCUAUUAUCUCUGUUAUCCUGUUUAAUACAAGGCACAUGGCCUAAAAAAUAAUUAAAAUUGCCACCAAUAUGAUACCAUGAUCAUAUGCAUAGUAUUCACGUGUUUAUGGUGAUGCUGGCUGAUAGUGAGGAUGAUGCUGUUUAUUGUACUCAUUACUGUUGCACAGAGUUGCUUAUUCAGUGUAGCAUUAGUGCCAUAUUGGCGGGGCUUAAAUAACUCAUUUAUCCUGGGAAGGGGGUGUUGCAAAGACAAGUUCAGUUUGUGUUCUAGGCGGUGGACCGUUGGGAUUUUGCCAUUGGCAAUGUAAUAGUAUCUAAGCUUAUCUGGAGGAGGGAGUGACUGCGCCUUGCUCAUCCCUCUAUGGCUCUGAUCAGUAUGAAACACAUUUUUACGCUCUAGAAGUUAUAUAUGUGUCAUCUAACUGUUUGUUCAAUACUGGGCUUUAUUGUUAGCAGUUUUUGACAAUCGAUAUGAAACGUAGUGUUUGAUUGCUGUUGGCAUUUUUAAUUGCAAAUCAUUACCAUGCCAUGGUAUUAUUGUAUGGAUGAGACGUUUUGUAAAGACAUUAAAUUUUGUUCAUCUAAGCUCACACUGUCACA